CCCAGUUUACCCAAACCUCAACUACUGUAAUUCCCGCACAUAAACCUCGAAUCCCCUAAACAUUGCACUCCACAUCAUGGCCGAAUUGACCUCACCCAUCCGCAUCGGUGGCCUCGAGCUACACCACCGAGUAGUAAUGGCCCCAUUAACCCGCAAUCGCGCCGACGCCCAACAUGUCCCGCUCCCUAUAUCCCGCGACUACUAUGCACAGCGCGCCUCCGUCCCCGGUACCCUGAUCAUCACCGAAGGCACAUUCAUCUCCGCUCGCGCCGGGGGCAUGGGCCAUGUUCCCGGGAUCUGGAGCGAUGAUCAAAUCGCCCAAUGGAAGAUCAUCACUUCCGCCGUCCACAGCCAGCGCAGCUUCAUCUUCUGCCAACUCUGGGCGCUAGGCAGGGCCGCCAAGCCAGACGUCCUCCAGAAAGAAGGCGGAUACCGCGUAGUCUCAAGCGGAGACAUCCCCAUGAGCGAAUCCAGUCCCACGCCAACCCCAUUAACCGAGGAAGAAAUAUCCGAAUAUAUCACCGACUACGUGCGCGCAGCGCAGAACGCCAUUGCCGCUGGGUUCGACGGCGUCGAGAUCCACGGCGCGAACGGCUACCUUCCCGACCAGUUCACACAAUCCGUGAGCAAUAAUCGCACCGAUCGAUGGGGCGGUAGCAUCGAGAAUCGCUCCAGGUUUGGUCUCGCUAUCGCGAAAGCCGUGGCGGAUGCCAUUGGACCCCAUAGGACCGGGUAUCGCAUUAGUCCUUGGAGUACCUUCCAGAGCAUGCGGAUGUCUGAUCCCCGACCGCAAUUUACGCAUCUUGUGCGUGGCCUGGCGCAGUUGAACUUGGCUUAUUUGCAUGUGGUGAGGCCACGGAUUUCGGGGUCAACGACAGUGGAGCAUGAGACUGAAGAGGAGGAUGAGUCGUUUCUCUAUGAGGCGUUUGGGGAUAGGGGGGCUAUUAUUCUCGCGGGCGGGUUUACGGCCCAGACGGCUACUGAGGCCCUCCGGGCGCAUCCCGGGUAUCGUGUCGCCAUUGCCUUUGGGAGACAUUUCUUAGCGAAUCCGGACUUGCCGUUCAGAUUGAGAGAGGGGCUGCCGCUUAAUCAGUAUGAUCGGCCGACGUUUUAUACGCCCAUGUCGCCGAAGGGGUAUGUUGAUUAUCCGUUUAGUGAAGGUUUUAGUCCUUCUCAGGGGAAGUUGUAGCGAGGCUGCAAACGAAGGCGAAUAGAUGUAUCCUCUCGAAUUUUCAGCAUUGUCAGCAUGUUCUCUGCACUAUACACCUCAUUAUAACUUUCUCCGCAAUACUUUCCGUCAAGC